AUGGAGAUGGAAAGCAAUCUUGUGAUGAAGAAUCAGAAGCUGGAAGCCUCCGGUAUUCUCAGGAAAGCUCUUAUAAUCCCUGCCAGAAACAUCAAAUUCUUAACUUUCACAAUCCUCACCUCCCUUCCUCUCUUCUGUUUCUUGAUUUACUAUGAAUCCCAUCUCCAGAAAAUCAUGGUUGAAACCUUGAAAACCCUAAACCUGCCUCCGCGUGAGGCCGGCAUGAAUCGCUACUUGACUUCCUUCAGGUUGAGUUGGUCCAUUCCAGUUGAGGUAUCCAGAAAAUUGAACCAAGAUUUUCCCAAUGAGUUAUUUUAUCUGGGGUUUCUCUUUGUGGUGCCUCUUCAUCUCCUCCAUUUUGUAACCGCGAUUCCGAUCGUUUACUUGGGAUCUAAGAUACACACAGAAGAGAGUCCAGUGAUGACUCUAAGAGAAAUGGUGAAAAAAACCUUUGACAAAACAAGGCUGAAGGGAACUUUUGUAACAUUUUCUUAUGUCCUUGUGUUGUCAAGUUAUACUCUGCUAGGGCUGACAUGGCUAGGAAUAACCUACUAUGCUGUCUUCCGAAACUUCAAUGAUUUCGAUGCUUUGUUGUAUGCUGUACUGUGUUGGCCGGCAUUUGGGCUUCUGGUAAUGUAUUUGGCAUGGAGUGCUGUGUGGAAUGUGAGCGUUGUGAUUUCGAUACUGGAUGGGGCGGGCGGCAUCAAGUCGUUUGGUCAGGCGAUAUAUUUUAGCAGCGGAUGUGAGUGGAGAGGGUUUAGUUUGAUGCUCAUUUUCUUUUUCUGGGAAAUAAGUUUGAGGUUGCCUUGCCUCUAUUCCGGCUGCUACAAAAGCAGGAAUUAUUUUGGUGGUAUUAUUGCACAGGUUUGCUUGUUCUGCUUUGGGAAUGUGCUGAAGUGGAUUGUCUGCAUGAUAUAUUUCUACGAUUGCAAGAAUCGCGCGGUGGAGAAGAAAUUGAAGAUGCAGGCUAAGAAGAGAGGCAGUGGAUGA